GUGAAUCUCAUCAAAUUUCGAGUAGAAGAAAAAACCGUGGAAGAAUGUGGAAGCUAAACUCAUACUGGGUCGUCUACUUGUGUUUAUCAUCAUUCUUCUUAGUAUCAUGUAUUGCUUUUCAAUCUGAUGAACUUCUUCAAGAUGAUGAAGAAUUCGGUUUAGAAGGUGGUUCAUCUCAUCCUAUUCUUGAUCUAGACAACAGCAAUACCAUCAAAAAUCCUAUUCUAUCUCCUCCUAUACAAGCGAUUAGGAAGUCAAUAGAUGAUUCAGAUUCUAAAAUUCAGUUUACUUUAGAACACGCUUUUGGUGAUUCUGAAUUUGUCCCUGCUGGUACUUUUACUGCUCGCCUUAAAUCUUGGAGUCAUGGUGGUCAGACUCUCACGAAGCUCCGCUUUUCAAGGAAUUCCUUUACUGAUUCAGAGAAAGAAGAUUUUAAGCAACUACUUAAGGAUGAUGAGUUCUACAGGAUAAGGCUACCAUCCAAUGUGUUGAGCCCUCCUGGAAAAGAUUAUAUUGUUUCAUCUGUCAAAGCAAGAUGCCUUCCAAGGGAUGGUCUGGACGAGCAUUUUGUCAUUCACAUGGAAUCUGUGAAUAUUUUGGCUGUUAACUAUGGUUCUCCUGGAGCCUGCCCAUAUCCAAGGCCAUUUAAACUUCCAACAAAAUGGUCUUUUAACUCACACUCGGUCCUGAGAAACAGUGAGCAGGCACCAAGAGCUCCAGCAUUUGUAGAAGAUAUUCUUAUUGGUGGGGAGAAAACUGCAGAGGGUGAAAAUGUUCCACCAGUAGAGAAGACCUUUUGGGCUAAAUAUUGGAUGUAUCUAAUCCCUUUAGUGCUCAUUGUCAUGAAUGCUGUAACCCAAGCUAUGAACAUGCCAGAGGAACAAGCUGCUGGUGGCGCCCAAGCAGCACAACGAGCUGCUCCUGCUGCUGUUCGAAGAAGGUAGUAACAAGGCUUCCUUGAGUUUGAAACAAUGCAAAGCCGACCCAGAAGAAGAGAUAAGAGAAGUAACUGAUAUGUACUGUCGGCGUUUUUGCUGGAAAGACAACAACCAAACUUGGAAACAUAACUUCUGUCUUUUGGUGAAACUCUUGGGGUGUUAUUUCCACUCAACCUGUUAAUCAACUGCUGAGACAGAACCCUUAAAAUUAGUUCCUCAACAUUAUCCAUUCUCAUGCAUUGCGUGGAUAUAAAUCAUUUUGAUGUCUGUUAAUUGUUAAUUCUUGCUUUCUUUCCUAAUCCGAAUAUAGAACUGUAAAGUCAUAGCUUGGCAGCAGUUCAGACUUUGAGUUGUUAGUUCACUGUUUUUCUCUAGCUUUUGUAUUGUUUUUUUUUUCCUCACCAAAAUGGAACCAAUUCAAGUAUCAAGCA